UUCACCCCAGCCCACGAGGAGAAUGUGCGCUUCAUCUACGAGGCCUGGCAGUGUGUGGAGCGUGACCUGCGCAGCCAGAUGGGCUCUGAGCGCGGCCUGGUAGAAGAGUACGUGGAGAAGAUGCCGAAUCCUAGCCUCAAAGCGUUUAAACCUGUCGACCUGGGUGAUCUGAAGAGGAGGAACACACAGGAUGCAAAGAAGUCCUAA